AGACGAAAUUACACAAGGGAUCAAAGUUCUGCACCGUGUGCGGAUCAGAAUCAGGGAAAUCCUCCAUUAAUUGAGCAAAGACGAAAUCCUCCAUUGAGCAAAGUUCAUUGUACGAGGGAUAUUCUGGGAGAUUCGGAUCAAGAUGGUGUUACUUUCGUUCAAGUCACUGUUCUUGAGUACUAUAGUAGCAACAAUUUAAGGAUUAGUUGGCCUAAAGGAGCAAGCACUAAGGUUAGGCUUGAAGUAACGGGGAAGAAGGCGAAAAAUGCAACCUUUGUCUCAUGGACAGAGGCUGGGAAAAUAGCUAAAGAGAUAGUGAAAGUUGAGAAACGUAGGAUUGUGAAAAGCACUCUAUGUAAUGAAAGAAGUUCUCGGAGUGACUGCAUGUUCAUACUAGAUGUGCUAACUGUUGGAGGAAGGUUGAUGCUUGUGGACAUGGUUGGUUCUCAGAACAUAGACCAAGCUGGUCAGACGGGAUUUGAGGAGAAGAUGCAAACUGCUAAGAUCAAUCAGGAAAAUAUUCUCGAGUUGACUCUUUUGAAGAUGACAAGUCAAGAUUCUAAUGCUCUUAUGUGCAUGCCCGGAUCCAAAGGAAAUGCACAAGACUCUCUGCACUCUAGAGUAUGGGGCAAAAGCAAAGUGCAUAAUGAGGACAUCAGCGAGCUUAAUGAAGGGACUGUAUCCUCAGUUGCACCUAGAGAAUAUUUCGAUGGCACCUACAAACUAUUGUCCAUAGAAAUUGAUAAUGAUCGUUGCUACUGUAGUGGUCCGGUGGUUAUGCGAGACAUGAUUGUUGGUUCCAAUAAAAAAUUAUGGAAUUGCAUAAUCCCAACUCCAGUGAUUAAGUAUUUUCUAAAUGGUCUUGAAGAAAGACACAUUGGCUUCAGUUUGCUGGAUAUUCGGUAUCAAACCUUGGAGGAUGCUCAACUACGUAGACAUUUUAAAAUGAGUCAUGACAUGACAGGUGUUCUAAUAACCGAAAUAGAUCCACUGUCAAAUGCUUUCAAAGUUCUGAAAAAACACGAUGUCAUACUUGCAAUUGAAGAUCUUCCAGUAGAUAAUGAUAGAACAGUUCAUUUUCAGAGAAAAGAAUAUCUCAGUCUUAAUCACUUGGUUUCUAUGAAGAAACCUGGUGAAGUAGCUUCUCUUAAAAUAUUAAGAAAUGGAAAAGAGCAUGCCUACAACGUCAGUUUAAACUUCACCGUCUUGAUGAUUCUAGCAGGAGCACUGCUUGAGAAACAGAUUGUAUUUAUUUGCUCCAAUUUGGGACUUUUAGCGGCAUCAGUUCUAUCUAUUAUCCCAGUAAUUUGUCCCUUUCGGUGGCAGAGCUUUUUAAUGCCGGUUUUGCCAGAUGAUAUGCUGGAAUCUUUGGAUGCCCCAGUCCCUUACAUAGUGAGUUUGUGAAGAUGAUUCCUAUAUUGUAAGAUCCAUAUCAUAAUUACUUAUGUUGCUUAACAAGCUCUGCUCAUUCUAGGUUGGGGUAAAGAACAAAACAAGCUAUAAAACAUAACAAGCUUUGUUUCAUAAUUCUUUUUGAUUUAGCAGUAGAAUAGUUAUCCUUUUGAAUUCGAUAAUAUAGAAAGACGGAGCUACGCAGUUGAUUUGCCAUCUUAAUUUUUCUGUUAUCAACAGCCGUUUGUUUUGCUAUGUUUCUCCAGUCAUGCUUUACUUUCUUUUGGAACAUAUGACUCACUUAGUUGUUUCUCUCUAUAUUUAUUGUUUCAAAUUUGGAUGAUUCAGGG